GCGGGCUCCGUAGCAGCUGCAGCGUCUCCGCCUUCUUGCUGCUCCCGGGAGGAGGAAGGAAGAUGGCGGCGCCGCGGCUCCGGUUGGAAGCGGGAGAGAGAGAGACCCGUGACUCUGGCAUCGGCAGACAAUGUGGAUCCCUCCGACCAUCUUUUUGUUGUUGACCAUUUGUUCUACACUAAACUUUUGAUGGAUUUUUGUGAAACACUUCCUGGUAUCCCGGACUUGAUUGGCUAAGAGCUUGGAGCAGAAAUAAUUGUUUUACCCCUGAGAAAGAUGGUGUCCCGGGGCUUGUGAUGUCCGAUAUUCACCAGAAGUCUUACCAUCGAUAUUCUCGCCUGCCUGACGCUUUAUUACCUGCUCCCUGUGUAUGGAGGGAUUCUUUGCCGCUAGAGUCUUACAUUGAGAGGCACAAGACUUCCUGUUGAUCAAGUGGGCUCGUCCCCCUUUUACGUUAAAAGAGAAGAUGUUUUCGGCUUUGAAGAAACUGGUGGGGUCGGAUGUGGCGACGCUGAGAGAGAAGAACAUUCCUGCAGGGCUGCAGUCCAUGAACCAGACCCUACAGAGGAGGUUCGCCAAGGGAGUGCAGUAUAACAUGAAAAUUGUCAUCCGGGGGGACAGAAAUACCGGGAAGACCACUCUCUGGCAUCGGCUGCAGGGGAAGAAGUUUGUGGAAGAAUAUAUUCCCACUCAAGAGAUCCAGGUCACCAGCAUACACUGGAACUACAAAACCACUGACGAUAUAGUAAAGGUGGAAGUUUGGGACGUGGUUGAUAAAGGUAAAGGUAAGAAGAGAGGGGAGACCACCUUGAAACUGGAAAAUGAACCACAGGAGGGGGACGGCGACUUGGCGUUAGACGCAGAGUUCCUGGACGUCUACAAGAACUGCAAUGGAGUAAUCAUGAUGUUCGACAUCACUAAGCAGUGGACCUUUACUUACAUCACGCGAGAGCUGCCCAAGGUGCCCAGCCAUGUGCCAGUGUGCGUGCUUGGCAAUCACCGCGAUAUGGGAGAACACCGAGUUACCUUGCCUGAUGACGUUCGAGAUUUUAUCCAGAGCCUGAAUCGACGCCCCGGCUCCUCCUACAUCCGCUAUGCUGAGUCUUCCAUGCAGAACAGCUUUGGGCUGAAGUAUUUACACAAGUUUUUUAACAUCCCUUUCCUCCAACUCCAGCGAGAAACCUUGUUACGACAGCUGGAGACCAAUCAGCUGGACAUUGAUGCCACUCUGGAGGAGCUGUCAGUGCAACAAGAGACGGAGGACCAGAAUUACGAAAUAUUCCUGGAAAUGUUGGAGAAUAACAAACGUCUAGCUUCUCCUGCGGCAACCAACGGACAAAGCCCAUCGCCUGGCUCCCAGUCUCCGGUGGUCCCAGUAAACUCUGGCUCUCCUGAUAGCUCCAGCCCUGGAACCCCUCUUCAGAUGCCAUCUGUGUUACCAGCAUCUCCUGCCCAGGCUGCUUCACCCCCGCCUCCAGAAUCAGACACUCCUGAAGUCCCCAGCCCAUCUCCCUGCACCGUGUCCUCUCCCCCUUUGUCCCAGCAACCUCAGCAGAAGCGUGGGUUCAUGUCUCGGCUCUUUGGUUCCAACACACCGGAGAACCCUCCGGCCAGAGCAGAGAUCGUGGCGUCAGCCGAGCAGCCUGUAAAAGUCCAGAGUGUGGAAGACUUUGUUCCGGAAGACAGCUUAGAUCGCAGCUUCCUGGAGGACGGUUCUGCUCACAGAGAGCAGGAGAGAGCGACCCUGAGACACAGGAGACAGAGCGACAGCGACGGGGAUGUGCCUGGCACAAACCCUAUGGUUGCUGGCUUUCAGGAUGACUUGGAUCUUGACGACCGGGUAGCCGCAAAACCUACACUCGCUGUCAUCCCUAGUAAGAACAUCGUCCUGUCCAGCGAUGAGGAGGGGCCUACUCCGGCCGUGCACAUCGCAGGAGAUGAAGACGUUGACACAGAGAUAUAUACAUGGAAAGCCCCUCAACCAUCUGCUCCUCAAUCUGGCCCUGAUAAGCAGAACCCGGCACUCUUGGCGAGCCAGCCAGGCACCAAAACCAAGAAAGGCAAAGCCAAGAUCGUGGAGGACUCAGAGAGCGAUCCAGAGGGUCCGAUUGCCACUCAGAUGCUCUCUUUUGUCAUGGAUGACCCUGACUUUGACAGUGAAGAUUCAAACCCGGUUUCUAAAACGCAGGAAGUGUUCCCGGUGCUGAAUAACCUGUCUGACAGCUCCAGUGAAGAGACGGGCUCCUCUCAACCUCCACCAACAGCCAAGCCCAUCCUGCCCACCUUCAAGAUGAGAGAAGACGCUGACUUGUUUGGUCUGGGAUUUGAUGAUCAAGUGACAAAGGACGGCGAGGAAGACAAGGGGAACAAGAUCACCAAGGAGAAAACUAAAAAGAAGAAGAAGAGCAAAGAGGCUCCAGAAGAAGAAAAAACGACCAAGAAAAAAAAUAAACAUAAGAAAAGCAAAGAGAAAGAAGAGGGAAAGGAAGGAAAAGAGGAGAAGAAGAAAAAGCCCAAGAAGAGCAAGGGGAAAGAUGAAUUUGAUGAACUGGAGGCUUUUCUCGGGGGCGGUGUACCCAGCAGGCCACGUUCAGGCGAGGAAUAUGAAGAGCUCUAGGUUGCCCGUCAAGAUAAACUUCUCAUUCUCUGCCAUGGGUCCUGAUCUCUGCUUCUUUCAACUCAUGUUCAAUCUAGAGCCAGCACAACCUUGUUCUUUGGUAUGGUGAUGCUCACAGCUGGAGAACAAGAGUUCUAUGUGAAGAAGAACCAGUGGGUCCACCUGACUUUCCACCUACUCCUUGUCCUCUUCCUACAAGAAAUCUUGAUCAUAUCUCCUUAUCCAGAGCUGGGCUUGGGAGAGGAACACUAAGGGGUGUAUCCCUGGCUUAUGGUCACAUUCAGGAGAGAUCUGCUCCUAUUAUCCUGCGAAGAUUCCUCAUUAUGUACUUGGACCUAAAGGAGACCUGAAGGAGAACAUCCAUUCCUGGUCACCGCUUAUGAAUAGCAGGAAUCCACCCCGGGGUGAGCAGGGAUGGUUGUCCUCAUUCACAUAAUGUACAAACCAAAAACAUAACGACGGUUACUCUGCACUAAACCACAUGCUGCUUGAUAACUCACUACACACUUCCACCAGGUCUCUUGCAGUCUAAUUCACUAAAGAACUUGAAGGGCCAGCUCAUUUUCCUCUUGGUGUUAUAAGUUACCAUUAACGGCAUGUGUCUGACUGCAGCAAUUUUGUUUCCACCGAUUGGUCGUGCUCAGUGUUCCUUUAUAUUGCCACAAGCGUUUUCUUGGCAGAACAAGACCUGCCACGUAUAAUAGCACCUUUUUUCCCUCUUCUCUACAUUCAUAUUUUAAGUCCCUAAGUUUUAGGGAUUGCUUUUACCAUGGCUUGAGUGCGUUUGGCAGUAAAAUUGGGCGGCGGCAAUGGUGCCACGGGUGGACAGUCUAACCACACCAACAUAACUGGAAUUCCCCAGUUGAAAUAAGUUCAUCGAGGGGGGAAGCAGGAAAUUAUUGGUUUUAUUCAGGAAGAGGUUAAAAAAAAAAAAAAAAAAAACUUUUUGAAUUUACCAUUUUUGUUUUGUGUUGUUUUGUAGUGCAUUUGUUUAGUAGUUGCUUUGUCCCCAAUUAUAUGUCGGGCCCCUUCCCUUCACGGUUGAAGUGAUAAGGUACUUCCUACCAUUAAUUUUUUUAAUUGUAUGCAAAACGGUUCCGUUUCCAGAAUUGUGAAACUCAUUCCAGCCCCUCUCCCUUACUUGUGCCUGCUUCCUUGACCCCCGUCCUACAGGCAAAAAAGGUCCCUUUGCCCCUACAGUGACCCCUCUCCCAGAAUUUCAUCUUGUUAUUAAUGACUCUUGACAGGCACAAUUAUUUCAUUCUUUCUACAGGAAUGUGUGCAGGCAAUUGCUUGUCAUAUUACAUUUGUUUCAUUUGAAAGAUUUGGGAGAUGGGAGGGGCAGGGCUGGAGUGCCCCUUUCCCAGAUCCAUAGCUCAGCGGGGAACCAGCUCCUGCACAGAGGGGAGAGGGGUGUGCUGUGGGAAGAGAAUGAAGCCUAUCGGAACAAGAGGAAUAAAGUGAUGUCACCGGUUCUAGCACUAAAUCCUGGGAAAUUGAUCAGCUGAACAUCGGUGCCUCCGUGUUUAUAUCAUGGGACCGGGAAAAUCCUUGCUGCAACGAGGUACCUUUUUGUUCUGGGUCUAUCUGGAUUAAUGUUACAAACCCAGUUUAUAAAGGGGUUUCUGCUAUUCCCAGCUCCAAAGUGCUGCGACCUUUGGGUACAGAUUUUUAUGUACUGUAUUCGGUGCUGAUCUGUUGGACCAGUUUUGCCGUCAGAUGAUCGGUAGAUGCUUUGUCUCCAUUGACCAGAUCCAGCAGCGCAAACCUGCAUCUCCCGUUCUCCGGGCCGUUUACAAUCCUUAUAAAAUCUAUAUUGAUACACACGGAUGCCCAUCGGCUUUCUACAAACAGAGUGGACAGUAAUAACUCCCCUGAUAGGGAUGGCUGCCAGGCAAAAGCUACGUUCAGUAUAGUAUAUAAGAUUCCCUGUUCAGAUUUUGGACGGCUGGAUGUUAGGCGUCCCUCGUCCAGGCUCCCUGGUGAUCCCUGACCUCCGUUUGGCCCGGUAUAGUCAUCACGCACAAAUGGACAUCCACCUUGUCAUGUGCCCGUGGUCUCUGGAUGGGAAUAACAUUCACAGUUCAGGACUGUUCUGCUUUAUCUCAUUGAGUACCUGACAAAAUAAAUGAAAAUACAUUGUG